AUGAAACUAACAUUGCCACCUGCGCAACUUGUAACUUCCUCAGCGGCAGUUUCUUCAUCAUCAAACCAUAUUAAAAGUUUGGUUUCAAAGGGUCUUUAUGACCAAACGCUUGAGUUCUACAAGGAACUUCAUGUCCAUGGCUUCUACGCCAUUUUCUCUGUUCUUCCAUCAGUCGUAAAGGCAUGCUCUUUCGCGCAGUGUCACGGUUUCGGUUCCCAGCUUCACUGUGGGUUUAUCAAGACAGGCUUGGAUUCAGAGACUGUUUUGACCAAUUCCAUCAUCUCUAUGUACGCCAAGUUCUCAGAUGCUCAAUCGGCACGUAAAGUGUUCGACAAGAUGCCUCACAGAGACCCCAUCACUUGGAAUUCCAUGAUAAAUUGUUAUUUACAAAAUGGAUAUGUCAUAGAAGCUUUGGAAACGUUAAAGGAGAUGUACUCGUUUGAUCUUGUUCCCAAACCAGAGUUGUUAGCGGGUUUGUUAUCCAUGUGCGGAAAAAUAGGUUUAAGAAUAGGAAGACAGAUUCACGGUCUUGUUAUUGCUGAUGAGAGAAUGGAAGAAAAAGAGUCAGUUUUUCUGUCAACGUCUUUGAUGGAUUUCUAUUUUAAAAGCAAUGAUUCUUUAAUGGCUUCGCGUGUAUUCAAUGGAAUGAAGGUGAAAAAUGAGGUCUCAUGGACAGCUAUGAUAUCUGGGUACAGUUGUGAUCAAGAUUAUGAGGAAGCUUUUGCAUUUUUCAGAGCAAUGCAGCGUGAGGGAGUUGAACCAAAUAGAGUAACAUUCAUUUCUUUAUUACAAGCUUGUGCAGAGCAAGGCCUUGUCAAGCAUGGAAAGGAGAUUCAUGGUUAUGCACUCCGUAGUGGGUUUGAAUCAGACCAUAGUUUUUCAUCAGCUCUUAUGAAUAUGUAUUCUAAAUUUGAGGUAUCAUUUCAUCUUGCUGAGUUAAUUUUCAAAAAGUCAAGUUAUCGAGAUGUGGUUUUAUGGAGUUCAAUGAUCGGCGGCUAUUCUCAAAGAGGGGAUGGUUAUAGUGCCUUGAAGCUUUUCAGACAGAUGAUGUUGGAGGGAAUUGAACCAAGCUCUGUGACAAUGCUGGCUGUAGUUUCUGCUUGCACUAUCUUAUCUUCUCUAAGGCAUGGUUGUCGAAUCCAUGGCUAUAUCUUGAAACUUGGCUUAGAUUCUGAUAUCUGCCUCGGCAAUGCACUCAUAGAUAUGUAUGCUAAGUGUGGUUGCUUUCAUGGUUCACACAAGAUAUUCCAAGAGAUGCCGAAGCAAGAUUCAGUUUCAUGGAGUACUUUGAUCAGUGCCUAUGGCCUGCAUGGAUGUGGUGAAGAAGCUUUAAAACUUUUCUAUGAUAUGAAAAACAAAGGAGUGAAGCCAGAUUCCAUCUGUUUCCUUGCUAUUUUAUCUGCCUGUAAUCAUUCUGGCCUUGUAGCUGAGGGAAAGAAGUUAUUCAAACAAAUAAGUGAAGAUUUCAAAUUACCUUUAACGAUAGAGCAUUAUGCAUGCCAAAUUGACCUUCUAGGAAGGUCAGGGAUGAUUGAAGAUGCUUUGGAGAUAGUGACAAUGAUGCCAAUGAAACCUAGUGCACGAAUUUGGAGCUCUCUGGUAUCUUCUUGUAAGCUUCAUGGAAGACUGGAUAUUGCAGAAAUGCUGGCCCCACACCUUAUAAGAUCUGAACCAGAAAAUGCUGCCAAUUAUACCUUGUUGAAUAUGAUUUAUGCGGAACAUGGUCGUUGGCAUGAUAUAAAACAAGGGAGAGAAUUUAUGAAACUCCGAAGAUUAAAGAAAUGCUAUGGAUUCAGCCAAAUUGAGACAGGAAAUUAG